AUGGAUGCUACGAUAUGGGACGAAACUCAAAUGGAGCGUACGAAGCUAACGGUAGGAGCUCAAGACAAAAAGCAGCGAGGCUCUGAAUAUGACUUUGUCCAAGAAGAUGCGAUCGAGUUCGUGGAACGUUGUCUGAGCAACGGAAUUCGAAUCGAAGACCUGCUCCAGGAGCGAAAAGAGAAGGAAGAAAAGCUUAGCCAAGCAAACUCCGAGUUUGAGCGAAUCCAAAUCGAGCGAGCCACUCUUCCCGUAACCAAAUACCGCCAGCAAGUUUUGGACAUGGUCGAGAAAAACCAAAUUGUGAUCAUCGAAGCCGAGACUGGUUCUGGAAAGACCACACAGAUCCCGCAGUUUCUUCAUGAAGCGGGGUAUACCAAAAGGGGAAUGAUCGGCUGCACGCAGCCUCGUCGUGUGGCGUGUAUGGAAGUGUCUUCGCGUGUGGCGCAGGAAAUGGGAGUGAAGCUGGGGAACGAGGUCGGGUACAGCGUUCGAUUUGAGAACAAAACGAACGAGCGCACGGUAUUGAAGUACCUCACCGACGGAAUGCUGCUUCGCGAGUUCCUCACAGAGCCCGAUUUGGAGAGCUACAGCGUGAUGAUGAUCGAUGAGGCGCACGAGCGAAGCCUCCACACGGACGUGCUGCUCGGACUGAUCAAGGACGUGGCGCGCGCGCGCGAGGAUUUGAAGAUUAUCAUCUCCUCGGCUACGAUCGAUAGCGCGAAGUUCAGCCACUACUUCGACGACGCGCCGAUUCUCAGCAUUCCCGGACGUCGGUUCAGCGUGAUGACGCACUAUCUGAAAGCCCCGGUGAACGACUAUCAGAUCGUGUGCGUGAAGACGGUGAUGCAGAUCCACAUCACGCAGGAGCUGCCCGGCGACAUUCUGGUGUUUCUCACGGGCCAGGAGGACAUCGAAGCGGUCCAGGAGGGUCUGCAGAAGCAGGUGCGUCUGUACGGAAACAAAAUCAAAGAGCUUCUCGUGCUGCCGCUCUAUUCCGCGCUGCCUCGCAAGGAACAGCAGCUGUGCUUCCAGAAAACCCCGCCGAACGUCCGCAAAGUCGUUCUGGCGACGAACGUGGCCGAAACCUCGCUGACCAUCGACGGAAUCUGCUACGUGGUGGACGCGGGCUUCUGCAAGCAGAACAGCUUCAAUCCUCGCACAGGCAUGGAGAGUUUGGUCAUCACGCCGAUCAGCAAGGCGGCCUCCAUGCAGCGAGAAGGCCGCGCAGGCCGUGUGCGCGAUGGGCACUGCUUCCGACUCUACACGGAAUACACGUACGAGCACGAACUGCCCGAGUUUACGACCCCCGAAAUCCAGCGAACCAACCUCACGUCCGUCUGCAUCAUGCUCAAAUCCAUCGGAAUCCCCGACAUCCUCCACUUCGACUGGCUCGACGCGCCUCCCGUCGAGUCGCUCAUGCGCGCUCUGGAGCACCUGUACGCACUGGGCGCUCUCAACGACGAAGGGGAGCUGACAAAGCUGGGUCGCUGCAUCGCCGAGUUCCCCUGCGAUCCGACGAUGAGCAAGUCCAUCAUCGCCAGCCAGAAGUAUCACUGUGUGGGAUCGAUCUUGACGAUCUGCGCCAUGCUCGACGUGAACAACUCCGUUUUCUACAGACCGAAAGGACAAGAGAUGCAUGCCGAUAAUGCACGUCAAGGAUUCGCGCACGGCACGAACGGAGAUCACAUCGCUCUGCUGAAUGUUUACAACCAGUGGAAAGAGGCGGAUUAUGCCGAGAACUGGUGCUAUGACAACUUCGUGCAAUAUCGAAGCAUGACGCGUGCGAGAGAUAUUCGGGACCAGCUGGAAGGACUCUGCGACCGUGUCGAGGUCGAUUACAAGAGCGACAGACCCGAUGAUGACACUCUGAAUGAAGCGAUCCGAAAGGCGCUGUGCGAAGGGUUCUUUUAUAAUAUAUGCAAGCUGCAGAACGGAGGGACCUACCACACGAUCAAGAAGCCCAAAGUGGUGUCGAUUCAUCCUUCCUCUUCGUUGUUUAAACUCGAAAACCCUCCAGAUUUUGUGCUAUUCCAGGAAAUGGUGUUUACGAAGAUGGAGUAUAUCCGAGUGGUGUCGAUCGUCGAUAUCAAGUGGCUCAAGGAGAUUGCCCCGCACUAUUACAAUAGUAACGAUUUGGAGGACGAGAGCAAGAAGAAGAUGCCGAAAGUUGUGAAACGGAAUUAG